AUCAAUAUCAACUCUGUGCAUCUCAAUCUUAUUUAAAGUAUAUUUCAUGAUAAAACACAAUUCAAAGAAAGUCUGGCUGCAGUUCACAUUCCUACAGUAUAUGUUGCCAACAACUGAACUUUUACUGAACAGCAGAGAAGUCAAUCAGUGAAAACACAUAUGAACCAUUUACCAUCAUCCUUUACUGUUUAGUCUCCACCAAAAUGGGAUCAUUUUUAACACGGUGCUUUGUUUGAUAUGAUUAAUCACCGGUGGUCAUGAUUAUCAGCUGUUAAAAAACAAAUUAGUGUCUGGUAUGAACACAUCUUUUUUUAUAUAUUUGCAUUCAUAUAUUUGAGCAGUUACUGUUACUCUGACAGAUGAAACUGAGUGUUUUUGUUUGAUGACAUUUCCGUGUGUAAAGGAUUCUUUAUAAAUUAGCAGAAAUGUAUUAGUCCCUCAGGGGCAUGGAUCUAUUGCGGCAGGGGUUGAAAGGGCAAAUCAAUUGUAUUUUCAAUAUUUUCUUAAUGGUGCCACAGUAGUGAAAUGACAUUCCAUAAAAUUCCGUUUCCUUUCCUGUACAGAAAGAUAAACGAAGCAAAUGGCAGUUUUGUGGGUGAAGGGAGGCUGCAGAAAACUUUAUAAAUCACUGGAUUUAUUUAAGUUUCCUACAACACGUGCGUUGACUCAGUCUUUGUGAAUGGCUGCUGGUGUUCCACUCUACCUCCACUGUCAUCCUGAUGCAGGUGACUCUGAACACCUGCGACUUUAAAAGUUUAAAAAAGAUUGCAAUAAAUAGUAAAAAAUAGAAUAGGAAAAAAACAAGAUGGAAAUGUACUUUUUUAUCAUAACGUUAAAGAAAACGCAGAAGAAAAUGUAUUUUAGUAUAGGAUUUACUAAUAAUCAAACUAACGCGGUGUGGGACACACAUCUUUGUCAGAUAAAAAAAAAAUCGGGAGCAUCACUGAUAUGACGGCGCAGAAACCACGUGUUUACGUAAUGGAAAGCCAAUCUUUCAAUUUAACCCCUCCUCCCCAGUCUAUCCCUCAUUGAGGUCUGAUGCCAAAGGAAAUUCAUGCAAAUGUUUUGUACAGGCGCACCGCACUUUUGGAGAAGCCAGUGGCGUGGCGCUGAAAAGCCUUGAGGAAAAUACCCAAGGAAAGCGAAAAGAAAGAAACGCACUCUCCAGGAAUCACGGGGACACACACACGCAGGCACACACACAGGCACAGGCACAGGCAAAGGCACACACCAAGAAUCCCAGCCUGGCUUUCACAGAGACGCUGCGGUGUGGGACUGUGAGAGAUGAAAACUGGUGUUGCUCUGCUCUGACAUCGCCAUACAAGCUGCUGUAGCAGGAGAAAGCAAUUGGACCUGAUCCGGCAAUGUGGUGUUUGGUUGGGGCUAUCAUUGCAGCAGUCUGUGCAUAGGAUGCACCCUCCCUUGGCUUUUGAUGCUGUGCAGAUCCACCCUCCUCUCCUCAGAGUGAUGAACUAAUAGGCAAUGAUUCUCUCCGCGGAAGCCCACCGUCUUUUACUGUUUUCACGUUAGUUGUGUUUGUUUACUGGCGGCCCGUCUCCUCCCGGUGCGACACAUGCAAUUUACAGAGUAUAUUUUCUAUUGUCGACUAGUUGAGGAGGCUGCUUUCUUUAUACGCCAGAAGAAGAAGAACACACACCGUUAUCAGCAAGUCUGACAGACAGCGAAUGUUUCUGCCACGUGAAUGACAACGCAUAGGACUUGGAUGUACCUGCUUUUUCUAUGAUACAUUUGGUAGCCUUGUCCUGGGGAACUGAUCCAUUUGUGUUAUUAUGCAACCGCAAGGAUCUCAUCUAUAUCUGGGUGUUUAAGCCACUGGAUUGCUCUUCGCCCAAAUCAAUGUGGUUUCUUUGGAACAUUUUCAGCAAAGGAACGCAUAUGCUGCAGUGUCUUUGUGGCAAGAGUCUUAAGAAAAACAAGAAUCCAAGUGAUCCCCAGCUCAAGGGUAUAGUGACCAGGUUAUAUUGCAGGCAGGGAUACUACUUGCAGAUGAAUCCCGAUGGCUCUCUUGAUGGGACCAAGGAUGACAGCAGUAAUUCCUCUUUGUUCAACCUUAUUCCUGUGGGCCUCAGAGUUGUCGCCAUUCAGUCUGUGAAGACAGGGUUAUACAUUGCCAUGAACGGGGAAGGCCACCUGUACACAUCAGAACUCUUUACGGCGGAGUGCAAGUUCAAAGAGUCGGUGUUUGAGAACUACUAUGUGAUCUAUUCAUCCAUGCUGUACAGACAACAGGAGUCGGGAAGGGCUUGGUUCCUGGGGCUCAACAAAGAGGGCCAAGCCAUGAAGGGGAACAGGGUGAAAAAAACAAAACCAGCUGCUCACUUCCUGCCCAAGCCAUUAGAAGUUGCCAUGUACAGAGAGCCAUCAUUGCAUGACGUUGGAGAGACAGUGCCCAAGGCAGCAGUUCUUCCCAGUAAAAGCACAAGUGAGCCCGCAGUGAUGAACGGAGGUAAACCUGUGAGCAAGCCUGACAAGCCCACCACAUAGCCACACCUGACCUACGAUCUCUGUGUGUGUGGAGGUGGUAAGGAAGUUUGGGGGAGAGGGGGUGUGACAGAGACAGGGUUGACCUCCUGACUAGACUCCGGAUUCUUGUGUGGAUCAGAUCCAGGCAAAACUUUCUCUUCUUCUCUUCUUCGCCCUUGCUUCUCCUCGUCCUCCUCCGCCGUGUCCACCUUCUGGAUUGGGAUGUGGCCUGGUUUCCCCAUCACAGGAGAGAGGAGGACCCUCUGAUCAUGGAAUGCCUUUAGAUUCCUCUAAAACUGUGAGAAUUCAUGUGAAUAGCGCGUGUUUCACGCACCACACUUGUGGUACUUUGCUUGCCGACGGCUCAUCCAGGAACCCUCCCUCCCCCCGCCGCACCCCUCCCUACGAUGCCCUGUUGGAGCAGAGUGCGUGAACCUUCAGAUCUAUUUUCUAUACCACAGUUCACCAGCUAUGUUCUGGGACAGAGACUGUAUAGAUAGAGUAAAUAUUUGGACUGUUGUCCUCUAUUUUUUACGAGUAUGUUCCCCCCUCCCCUCUCUUUCUAUCUCCAGUCACACACUUUUCUCUUUGUCAAGUUACAUAGAAAAGAAAAAAACAAAAAACAAAAAAACAUUUUCCAAGGGAGUUGUGUGAUUUUCUAAAAAAACACAUUCACUGAGACAAACCAACAUGUGUACAGUCUGGAGGACAAAGGAUUUUCCUCUUGCCUACAAUGCACACACACAGACACACACACAAACAAAAAGUUUGUGGGGGGAUUCAGAGGUGUUGGUUUUUUUUAACAGCUGAUUAAACACACACACACACACACACACACUGAAGGCUGGCAUAUAGCUCCUGCAAUCAUAGUUGACGAAGUGCUAAUUACAGCCGCAAUCAAUGGAUGGGGGCUACAGACACACACAGACGAAUGUGUGCGCAUACACACACACACAUACUUCUAAACAGAUGUGCUUGUGGGUGGGAGAGCGCUGGAAGGAAUGGUGUACACAUAUCACUAUCUAAGUCCCACCAGCGCUUCUGUCCGCCUUCUCUGGUAAAAUAAAAAAAAAA